AUGGACCCUUCACCUUGUCGACCUUUUUCAUUCCACCAUGGGCGGCACAGCGAUGAAUAUGUCAUCAACAUGAGGGAUCGCUAUUCUCCUCGGGAACCCCAACCAACAAAUGAGCAAAGCCUUUCCCUUCUUCAUCAGCAGCCUUCCACCGUGUCCCUCAGCCCUUUCGCAGACCCAACCCCUUUGAGUGAAGCAACUCAACAAGCCUAUACUUGGGAUUCUAGAGAUAUGAGCCCUGACAUAGAUCCCAUGGAAUCACAAGAGCUACCUGAUCACUUCAAAUUACACAACCUAUCUAACCAGGGCUCUGCGGUUGCCUCUUCGAAAGGCUCGGGGCACCGUCAUAAGACCGGUACCAUCCGCCGAUAUCCCACACGGCGAAUCAAACUCAUACAAGGCUCGGUAUUAAGUAUCAAUUACCCUGUUCCGAGUCCAAUUCGAAACGCCAUCCAGCCAGAAUAUCGGGAUGCAGAGGGAGAACUUUCUGAAGAAUUCACGCAGAUGAGAUAUACUGCUGCGACAUGUGAUCCUGAUGAGUUCACGCUCCGAAACGGCUAUAAUCUCCGUCCAUCAAUGUACAAUAGACACACAGAACUCCUGAUCGCGAUCACUUAUUACAAUGAAGACAAGGUUCUCACCGCUAGGACCUUGCAUGGAGUAAUGCAAAAUGUUCGGGAUAUCGUCAACCUGAAAAAGACAGAGUUUUGGAAUAGGGGAGGCCCCGCGUGGCAGAAGAUCGUUGUUUGCCUUGUGUUCGACGGAAUGGACCCAUGCGACAAGAAUACACUCGAUGCUUUGGCGACUAUUGGAGUUUUUCAAGACGGGGUUAUGAAACAGGAUGUUGACGGAAGAGAGACCGUCGCUCAUAUUUUUGAAUAUACCACCCAGCUAUCAAUUACUCCCAAGCAAGAGCUCGUUCGCCCAUACAAAGACAACCCCAUGAAUCUACCGCCAGUCCAAAUGAUGUUUUGCCUCAAGCAGAAAAAUGCGAAAAAGAUCAACUCACAUCGCUGGUUAUUCAAUGCUUUCGGGCGCAUUUUGAAUCCCGAGGUCUGCAUUUUGAUCGACGCAGGUACCAAACCAGGACCUCGGUCCUUACUUGCUCUUUGGCAAGCAUUCUACAAUGACAAGAACCUCGGUGGAGCCUGUGGUGAAAUUCACGCCCUUCUUGGCCACCGAUGGAAAAAGCUCGUCAAUCCGUUGGUUGCAGCCCAAAACUUCGAGUAUAAGAUUUCGAACAUUCUCGAUAAGCCCUUGGAAAGUAGCUUUGGGUAUGUCAGUGUUUUACCAGGAGCAUUUUCAGCCUAUAGGUAUAGGGCUAUCAUGGGUCGGCCGCUAGAGCAAUACUUUCAUGGUGAUCAUACACUCGCUCAACAGCUCGGUAAAAAAGGCAUUGACGGGAUGAACAUUUUCAAAAAGAAUAUGUUCCUUGCAGAGGAUCGCAUUCUGUGCUUUGAACUAGUGGCUAAGGCCGGUAGCCAGUGGCGGCUCACAUACGUCAAAUCUUCGAAAGGAGAGACAGAUGUUCCUGAACGACCGGCAGAGUUCCUGAGCCAACGGCGGCGAUGGCUUAAUGGCUCUUUUGCGGCAUCACUCUAUUCGAUCAUGCAUUUCAAUCGCAUCUAUAAGAGCGGCCAUGGGAUACUUCGCCUGUUUGUGCUUCACGUUCAAUUGGUUUAUAAUAUUUGCCAACUUAUCAUGACAUGGCUCUCACUUGCUUCCUACUGGUUGACCAGUUCAGUUAUCCUCGACAUUGUGGGAACUCCAAGUUCGACGAACAAGUUCAAGGGGUGGCCCUUCGGCAAUGAUGUUACACCGAUUGUCAAUAAUAUGCUAAAGAUUGGCUAUCUGGCAUUCCUCAUGCUCCAGUUUAUCCUGGCUCUUGGAAACCGCCCAAAAGGGUCAAAGUUUCUAUACACGGUCUCCUUCGUCUACUUUUCAGUGAUUCAAGCCUACUUACUUGUGCUUUCCUUCUACCUCGUCGCACAGGCAUUGACUCCCGAGAAUCUCGUCUUUGACUUUGAUCACGGAUUCUCGGGGUUGGUAUCGGGCUUCAUCGGCUCCACUGGUGGCAUUGUUCUCGUCGCUCUGGUCUCAACCUACGGAAUCUACUUCCUUGCGAGUAUUCUGUACGCGGACCCUUGGCACAUGCUAACCUCAUCAUGGGCGUAUUUCCUUGGUAUGCCCUCGUCAAUUAAUGUUCUCAUGGUCUACGCAUUUUGCAAUUGGCACGAUGUCUCGUGGGGCACUAAGGGGUCCGAUGCUCCAGACAAGCUUCCAUCGGCACAAACCAAGACAGAGGAAGAAACAGCUUUCGUUGAAGAGUUGGAAAAACCUCAGAUUGAUAUUGAUGAGCAAUUUGCGGCCACCGUCAAGCGAGCCUUGACGCCAUGGCAGGAGCCGAGUGAUAACGAGGGAAUGGCUCUUGACGACUCUUACAAAGCUUUCCGAACAAACCUGGUCCUCCUGUGGACUUUCAGCAAUGGGUUGCUGGCACUCUGCAUCAACAACUCGAGUAUUGAUAGACUCUGUUUGACGAUGGGACUCUCACUUCUUCGCAACGGAUCGUCGCCUCUUGAUACCAUAAUAUAUACCGUCUGUGUGAAUGCUGCUGCAUAUAAAUUUCUAACCACAACUAUCAACCUUGAAACCGACGCCGACCUUGCCCUUGAGCUAAGGAAAAACGCUGGAGAGUAUCGAGCAACAGCCCAAGCUGCCUUAAAGCAGAUCCCUCUAUUAAUACCAUCCUCGCUUGGCCUUCUCCAGGCAAUCCUCUGUGGUGUCUUUCUUCAUCAAGGGUCUGGGGACGUGAAUACGAGCGGUGAUCUUACCAAGGCCGCUUGUAAAACAUGCAUCGACUUGGAUCUACACACCACCGCUAUGAAGGGAGAAGCAACCGAGGAAGAACUCUUCUGUUUCCUAUGGUGCUACACCCUGGAUAGGAACCAUGCAUUUAAAGUCCGAAGCUCCCGGUGUCUCCUCGACGUCCAGCUGCCAUCCAAUUUCUACGAUCUAUAUUCUCAUUACCCCCUAAUGUCUGAACUCUUCUUGAUCUACGUGGACCUUGCUAGGGUGCAGGAUGCAGUCGUGUCGUAUCCAAAUCAUUCAUUGGCAGCCAAACAGUCUAUGAACCCACUUUUGACGGGAGAGAGCAUGCUGCGGGCGAUGCAAUCCAUACAGGGACGAAUGAACCGGAUGGCUUCAUCUUCCCCGAAUUGGAGAGGACUCGACUGCGAAACCGAAAUGUCAGCCCUCAAAUUUGCCUACCAAUCAAUAAUGACCGCAAUCCUCUACCUUCUUCAAGUAGACCAAGGUCUACCACCCCGUUCAACGGAAAGCUAUCUUCAAUCUGCCCGCCAGGAACUAUCAGCUCUCGUAUCGAUGUGCUACACAGCAGAGAAACAAGCCGCAGUGAGCUUUUUGAACUGGACAAUCCUCCUCUACCCAGCGACGGCAUACCUAGUCCUAUUCUGCAACGUAGUCGCAACAUCCGACAUCGGCGAUUUCAACCUAAUGAAAGCCAUCGCCGACUGCCUCACGCAAAAUGGAAUCAGUUAUCCCCUUGUGCAACUGCGCAAUCUUUUCCAGAAAUUCCUCGGUCUUUCUCAAGAAUUUUUUGGCGAGGAUCGGGGUGCGCUGCAAAGAAUUCGUCCAGAACGUCGCGUGGAUAGCCCUCCGCCCUUGCCCGUUGGCAGUCCGUUUUCGCUACCAUGGGGUGCGAAUGAUCCUUUCUUCAACCCUUAUAUGUUGACUGGAGGAGGCAGUUAUACAGAUAUGCUGGGUAUGUCAGAUAAUGAUAUAUUUCUGACGUAUGGUGGUUCGUCGGUGUUUGAAUAG